AUGAGGAGCAGGAGAUCUAUGUCUGUCCACAUUGCAGUAGAGAAUUCACAUACCGCCGCAGCCGAACCAAGCACAUGGCCUUCUGCCCCAGGAAACCUGCUUCCAAAGAGACCAAGAAAAGAAAAGAUGGCAGUAUCUCUUAAACCAAGUAAAAUAAUGGGCACCUUUGCAGAGGAGUUCUUCACUUGAAAGAGAUACUGCAAGGAUCUGAUCAUAAACAGAAAAGCAGAGCCCAUAUUUCUAGUCCAGCAAAGAGGACAGCAAAGGCAAGUGCCCAACCACAGCAAGAUGCUGACUGCACUGUCUCUUGUUCGCCCUUUCAACUCCACACAACAUCAAGGCAGUAGGAUGCAGAAUGGUGUCAAAUAAAUCCCUUUUCACAUUACAAUAGUGAAAUCUCACCAACAGCAACCACACAAUAAGGAGGAUGAGCACCCCUCUAGUCAGUGUCGAGAAAGGGUGAGUGGACCAGUGACCCACAGUCUGCAGCAGAAU